CAGACAGACGCACCGACCUUCACAAGGCAUCACCGUUGGUAGUCUGUCCCGACUCCGUGAGGCUUCUCAGCUCUAUUCAUUGGUGGGAGGCUGAGCUGGUGGCGAAGACGCCUGGAAGAGACUGAGAGACCAUAAUGUCUUUGCGCUUACACACACUGCCCACCCUUCCUGGAGUUGUGAGACCCGGCUGCAGGGAACUGCUAUGUUUGUUGGUGAUCACGGUGACUGUUAGCCCUGGCGCCUCCGGGGUGUGCCCCACCGCGUGCAUCUGUGCCACUGACAUCGUCAGCUGCACCAACAAAAACCUGUCCAAGGUGCCUGGUAACCUUUUCAGACUGAUUAAGAGACUGGAUCUGAGUUAUAACAGAAUCGGGCUUCUGGAUUCUGAGUGGAUUCCAGUAUCGUUUGGAAAGCUGAACACCCUAAUUAUUCGCCAUAACAACAUCACCGGCAUUUCCAUGGGCAGUUUUUCCACAACUCCAAAUUUAAAGUGUCUUGACUUAUCCUCGAAUAAGCUGAAAACUGUGAAAAGUGCAGUGUUCCAAGAGUUGAAGAUUCUGGAAGUGCUCCUUCUUUACAACAAUCACAUUUCCUAUCUUGAUCCUUCAGCGUUUGGAGGGCUCUUCCAAUUGCAGAAACUCUACUUAAGUGGAAACUUUCUCACAAAGUUCCCCAUUGAUUUGUAUAUCGGAAGGUUCAAACUGGCAGAACUGAUGUUUCUAGAUGUUUCUUAUAACCGGAUCUCCUCCCUGCCAAUGCAACAUAUAAAUUUAGUGCCAGGAAAGCAGCUGAGAGGCAUCUACCUUCAUGGAAACCCAUUUGUCUGUGACUGUUCCCUUUACUCAUUGCUGAUCUUUUGGUAUCGUAGGCACUUUAGCUCAGUGAUGGAUUUUAAGAAUGAUUACACCUGCCGCCUGUGGUCUGACUCGAGGCACUCCCAUCAGGUGCUUCUGCUCCAGGAUAGCUUUAUGAAUUGCUCUGACAGCAUCAUCAAUGGCUCCUUCCGUGCACUUGGCUUUAUUCAUGAGGCUCAAGUUGGAGAAAGGCUGAUUGUCCACUGUGACAGCAAGACUGGUAGUUCAAAUACUGAUUUCAUGUGGGUGGGUCCAGAUAACAAACUGCUAGAGCCGGACAAAGAGGUGGAAAACUUUCGCGUGUUCCACAAUGGAAGCCUGGUUAUAGAAAGCCCUCGUUUCGAGGAUGCUGGAGUAUAUUCCUGCAUUGCAAUGAACAGGCAACGCCUGUUAAAUGAAACUGUGGAUGUCACAAUAAAUGUGAGCAAUUUCACUGUAAACAGAUCCCAUGCCCAUGAGGCAUUUAACACAGCGUUUACCACUCUUGCAGCCUGUGUGGCCAGUAUUGUUUUGGUACUUUUGUACCUCUAUUUGACGCCGUGUCCCUGCAGGUGUAAAGCCAAAAGACAAAAAAGUAUGCUAAACCAAAGCAAUGCCCAUUCAUCUAUUCUCAGUCCUGGCCUGGCUGGUGAUGUCCCAGCUGAGGAACGGAAGGCAGGUGGUGCGGGUAAAAGAGUGGUGUUUUUGGAACCCCUGAAGGAUACUGCAGCAGGGCAGAAUGGGAAAGUCAGGCUCUUCCCCAGUGAAACCGUUAUCGCUGAGGGCAUCUUAAAGUCUACAAGGGUGAAAUCCGACUCAGAUUCAGUCAAUUCGGUGUUUUCAGACACACCCUUCGUGGCGUCCACUUAAUUUUGUGCCUAUACUUGUAUGAUGUAGUAAUU